GAGAGAGAGAGAGAGAGAGAGAGAGAGAUAGAUAGAGAGAAAGAAAGAGGAGAAAGAGAGAUAAAUAACAAAAAGAGGCAACUUUAUUUUGAAAGCAGGGGAGAAUGAAGCUGGCUCUAGGUGGAGCGCUGUGCAUAGCUCUCUAUGCCGCUAGCUGCUCCCGGGCUAUGUGCAAUCACCUCGGCGAUAGGAAAGGUUCCUCGGCCAAGGAGAGGAGGAUGCAGUUCGCGUCCUGGGACGAGGUGAACCUGAUCGCCCACGGCCUCCUGCAGCUCGGCCACGGGCUGAAGCAACACGUUGACCGCACCAGGGAUCAGCUGCGGGGAGUGACGGAGCAACUGCGGGCUCACAACCUGACGCUGGGCGAGCUGGCCGACACUCGCCUCGUCCAAGCCGGCCCCCUGCGGGACAAGGUGGAGGAGAUGGGUCGCGACCGGCUGAGGAUGGACCAGGCGUUGCAGAGCCUGCAGGAGAAGGUGGGGAGACUGGCCAGCGGGAGGGGAGCGGAGUCGAGCGGCCUGGACAACGACAACAGUAUCAGAUCGAUUAUGGAAAAUCAAAGUAAAAACAUCGAUGAACUGCUGACGAGAAUCAAAGACCAACAGUGGCAGCUGGACAAACAGAACAUCCAGAUCAAGGUUCUGCAAAGCAAGCUUCAAGAAAGCAGAUUACACCUCAAGGACAGUCCAAGUUGGAAAUUGAUCCUCAAGCGAAGGAUGGACAUAUUUCCUCACCCUCGCCCCAGUGAUGAACCAACACUAGCCGACAAACUUCCCUUUGACUGUCACCAACUAUUCCUUGAAGGACAGCAGACCACUAGAGUGUACAGAGUCCAGCCUGUAGGCUCGCAGUCCUUUGAAGUAUUCUGUCGAAUGACCGAUGAAGGCGGCUGGACUGUGAUUCAGAGACGGAUGGAUGGGUCCGUAGACUUUGACCGCCUUUGGCAGGCGUACAAGGAUGGAUUUGGCAACCUCACUGGUGAGUUCUGGCUGGGUCUGGAGAAGCUGUACACCAUCGUACGCCAGGGCAGCUAUCUGCUGCGUAUCGAGCUGGAGGACUGGGAAAACCACACAGAGUACACAGAGUACCCCUUCAGCCUGGGCAGCGAGGCCACCGACUACACCAUCACCCUCAAGAACCCCGUCUCUGGGAACCUGAAGAACGCCAUCAGUGAAUCGAGCGGACUGCGUUUCUCCACUCGAGACCAGGACCAUGAUCUACAGUUCAACAUGAACUGUGCCAAACACCUGACAGGGGGAUGGUGGUUCACCACCUGCGGGCAAGCCAACCUGAACGGCAAAUAUUUUGCCAGUAAGCCCCAGCAGCGUCGCGAGAGGAAACGGGGCAUCUUCUGGAAGUCCUGGAGGGGAAGAACCUACCCCCUGAAGACCACCACCAUGAUGAUUCGUCCAGUGGAACUUGAGGCUUAACAUCACAAUCUUAAACGCUGGCAGAGACUGUGUCUACGUGUGUGUGUGUGUGUGUGAGUGCGCGUGUGUGUACAUGUGAGUGUGUCUGGGUGUGUGUGAGAGAGACAGACAGAGAGAGAUUUAAAAACAGCAAGUUUGGCUGUUUCCAUUUGAGAUGAGAGUACAAUGCAAAGAGGAUGCACUGAUCUGACUCUCUGAACGUGUAUUGUCUUAUGUUUUAAGCAACAAACCAAUGCAUCAAAGUCUCCCCAGGAUUAAACGUCCGAGCUACCUAAGCAUUCCCAAAGUAUACAUGCUACUCCAAGCAGCCGAUAGGUUUUCCUGCAAGUGUCUUAGUUCAAGACGAGCCCAACAUAGUCGCAACGCCACUUCAGUUAACACCCACUAGACUUGUCCCACCUUGCCCUCAGCUCAGAGUUCAUCUAUCUCCCCCGCCACCAGACCGACCGACCAGGCAAAUCCCAGGUGUGAUGGUCACCCUGACCGCAGCCCAGCAAACCAAACCCGCCUACGCCCGCUGAUCCCUUGCCCAUGGAGAUGCGAAACCGCCCGACGUCGAUGAUCCUUCAUCAAUCCACAUUUAGCAGCAGUGCGCUCCACGGGAUGAUCCAUGCAGGGCGGGCCAACACACACUGGCGGCACGCCUCGCGUUAGUGGGUCCGAUCACCCGAACAGGAACACAUGUUCUAUUAAUGAAAGGGGCACUGGAAUAUAGAAAUUGAACACAAGUGCAACCUGUCCCAUUUACGCAAGUUUUUUCGAUGACUUGCCGGCACCCGUCAAUAGUCGCAACAGGCGUCCGAAAAUUUUCAACACGUUGAAAGUCCAGCGGCGACCAGAACAAGGUACGUCUCGUUGGGCGACUACUCACGACCAUACGGGCAUCACCCCGCAACAUGUCGACACGUGACGCCUGUAUGGCCGUGACUGGCUGCCGCUGAAUUUUCAACACGUUGAGAAUUUUCGGCAACCUAUGACGGGUGCCGGCAGUCAUGGGACAGGCCCAACACCCUGGCAAAAGCCCAUUGAAAACGGCACGGUUCCAGUGUCUCCAAUAACAUUGCCCCAACGCCCUAUUUAUACCAGUUUAACUGUUACACUUUAACUCAAUUCCUACCCGCAGGGAUGUUUCCAAGUCAUAUUGACUUUAUCACCAUAGCUAAGGAUAGCUGUGCAGAAUUGUGAGUGUUAAUUAAUUGUUUCUUUUGCUUUAUAUAUUUAAGCAUUUAAUAUUCCAAUACGCCAUUUUGUAAUUUAUGAAGCGCUCAGCUGUGCCCAGAAUGGAGUAAGAGUCCGUUUGUAUUGUCUGCUGUAUAUAACCUUAAAAAGCUGUUAUUUUAAUAUCAAAUGAUUCUCAAACUCGGAUUUUUGUCUAAAAAAAAAAAAUCUUUGGUUUAAACAUUU